CUCAAAAUUGCCCGUCUUGUUCUGGAUAUUUGGCGGUGGUUUCGAAUUGGGCUGGAAUUCUAUGUACGACGGUGUACCAUGGGUGACGGAUUCAGUCAAACAGGGACUACCCAUAAUUGUGGUCACCGUCAACUACCGAGUUGGAGGAUUUGGAUUCAUGCCAGGGAAGGAAAUUUUGGCUGACGGCUCUUCGAACCUGGGACUGCUGGACCAACGCCUCGGACUACAAUGGAUUGCAGACAACAUCGAGGCAUUUGGUGGAGAUCCUACUAAGGUGACGAUCUGGGGUGAGUCGGCUGGUGCCAUCUCAGUCUUUGAUCAUAUGAUCAUGUAUGAUGGGAACAAUACGUACAAGGGCGAGCCUUUAUUUCGAGGUGCAAUAAUGAACUCGGGAAGCGCUAUCCCAGCCGACCCUGUCGAUUGCGCUAAAGGACAGGUUGUAUAUGACACGGUCGUCGCGGCCGCAGGGUGCUCAUCUGCGGUUGACACACUAGAUUGUUUGAGGGCAGUCGACUAUGAGACGUUUUUAAAUGCAUCCAACUCUGUUCCGGGGCUGCUAAGCUACACUUCUGUUUCUCUGUCUUAUCUACCUCGUCCAGAUGGCACAGUCCUCACCGACUCUCCUGAGGUUCUAGGCCAGGAAGGGAAAUUUGCCCGUGUCCCUGUGAUUAUUGGCGAUCAGGAAGAUGAGGGGACACUCUUCGCGCUUUUUCAAUCGAAUAUCACGACCACGGACGAACUGGUGGACUAUCUUUUGACAGUCUUCUUCCAUGAUGCCAACCAGACUUUGAUCGAGGACUUCGUGUCGCUGUACGCCGACAUCAGCACUGACGGCUCGCCAUUUCGCACGGGACUCUUCAAUAACUGGUAUCCAGAGUUCAAGCGCCUCGCAGCAAUUCUCGGCGACCUUACAUUCACCCUAACACGGCGGGCGACACUUGAAAUUGCCACGAGUGUGGCUCCCGACCUGCCCGUAUGGUCGUACCUGUCAUCUUACGACUAUGGCACGCCGAUCAUGGGAACAUUCCAUGGCAGUGAUAUCCUCCAGGUAUUUUUUGGUAUCCUUCCAAAUUAUGCGUCAGCCAGCUUCCGCGCGUAUUAUAUCUCGUUCGUGAACAAUCUCGACCCGAAUGUUGGUAAUAACUAUUCGAACUGGCCGCAGUGGAGCGAAAAGAAGCAGCUGCUCAAUAUGUAUCCCCUCUACAGCCAGCUGAUUAUCGACAACUUUAGGUCAGAUGUAGUCGACUUUCUGUUGCCUAAUAUCGCGAGUUUUCAUAUCUGAAGGAUUCAAACCCAAGUCUGUGCGAUGCUUGCAUGGAGAAAUAAUUGUGUUUAUGUCAUUAAAAAAAUAUAGUUUGAGCACGUAUGCACC